AUGUACUCUCAAUCCCAUCGCUGUGAGCUGAUUUCACACGCUGUGACCUUGCUCCUGGUGUGGAUUGCCCCGCAGGGCACAGCUGCUGAGCUCCGCAUUGAGACGGCGAAGGAGGCCCUCAACAGGGCGUGCCAGCACCUGAGCGUCCAUGGCCAGUGGGCCUGGCUGUCGCGGUUCACUUGCAUUUUCGCAAGGUGUUCCGUUGCACUCCAAUCGGAGGUUGCUCUCCUGGAUGACAUGAAUCCGAAGGGGUGGGAUUACAGCCGUCCAACGAGGUCGGUCCUGGAUUCUCUUGGUACUAUGUCUGGCGAAACGGCGGAGCACUGGAUGCGUGAACUCCAGGUCACAUCCCAGCUUCUGGACGAUUUUGCCGCCCACUUGAUUACGCUGGGGGAACACAGUACUUGGAGCUCUAUCAAACAUGCAGCUGAUGGCUGUCGCGACCUACAUGACUUGGUCGGAGUGCAUGUGUCGAGGGUGUCCACCAUUCGUGACCCACCUCCGGUUUUGGGGUACAAAUCGGUGGCAUUACUCGGCUUUGCAGUUCCAUCGGAAUCCCAAUUUGAUGAGCUCAUUGAAAAGAUCAUCCCUAAAGACUUGGGUGAACCAGUGGACCUGUUGUCACCUGGAGCUGCUAGUCUUCGCAGGGUCAUUCGACAGUGCUUCGAUGCUUGUAGCUCACAGGGAGGCCUGGCUCGUGAACCGCAAGCUGCAGCCAUGCCCAAACCUAAGCUCACGUUAGCGGAGUACAAAGAAUUGAAGAUCAAGUUUCAUGAGUUUUUUCCGGGUGAGCUUCUUACUCCUGAAUCUACUCCAAGCUUCAUGUUUGUGGCUAACUUGAAGGAACAGUUUGACACUGGUACGUGGACAUGGACACCGUGGCGACACAGAAUUUCAGAGCAGGCCGAGGUUCUGUUUCAGGAGAAUCGCAGGCCCAGAUCAGAUCAGCAACUUUUACAGCGCAUGCUCAAUCAGCAGGACCUGUUGGAUUUUCCGGAAGCCACUGUUCCAACAGGAGGGCCAGUGGAACCAGUGUUGUUGCGUUUCCAAACUCUCUUGGCAAAUGCCUUAGCGUUGUUACAGCUUGUACAUUUGAUUGUGAUUAAGAAAUUUCAUCACAAAUUCAAUGAACUUGCACUUGCCAGCCCAGUGGACUCCACCUUGCGCUCACCGAACUUGCAAGAGGUCCUUGCGGCUGACAAAGCGGUUUGGAUGGCAGUCACCUCAGCAAUGCGAGAAAAUAGCUGGUCCUUGAGUGACACGAUGAGUGAAGUUGCAUAUUGUCGCCAAGACAUGCAGUCGGCUUUGCAACCCAGACCUAGAGGUGCACCUAACCCGGUUACACCAAAGAAACCAGAACCCAAGGCUCCUCCCAGAAAACCUGGCACUCCUCCGCCAGUCAAAAAAGAUGAUAAAUUGAAAGAUUGGCAGGACUCCUGA